AUGGGAGAGGCCAAAAGAUACAGAUCGUUGGGGAAUGUGGAGAAGUCACCGUUGAGUGAAGAGGUUGUUAAGGCAUGUUUGAAAAAAGUGUUGAAGACGCUGGUGAGUGGGCAGUUAGAAGAAAAAGGUCCGAGUAGCCGCAAUUCCGGAUUGUAUUCUGGUACCACUUCCGUCGCUUAUAUGUUCUAUUCUAUCUAUAAUUUGUUGGGGGAUGAGUAUGAGGUUGAAGGACUAUCGCUUAUGGAUUGGUCACGAAAGUAUCUUUCGUUAUCUGAGAAGCAUGGAGAGAACACAAGCAGUCUUAAAGAAUCUGAUUGUGGAAUUGGGAAUGAGAGAAUGGCUUACAAUGCGGUUGCUUAUUGCUUGUACGGCGAUGUGAAAUAUGUACAAGAUCUGCUCGAGUGUGGUAGAUACGUGGUGAAGCAUUCCAAGUCGAAUGAAUGGUUGUAUGGUAGAGCUGGAUAUUUAUACUUCCUUCGAUUGUGUAAAAAUAUCUCUGAGUCCCAAGAUUCAGAUGACCUGAGUUAUGAGAUAGAUAAGAUUGCUGGUAAAGUGAUUCAGGCCAUUAUGGAGACGCCGUGGGAGUGGCGUGGCAAACAUUACUAUGGCGCUGUGCAUGGAGACAUUGGUAUUAUAACCCAAGUCACUUUAACAUGUGCCCUUCUAGAUCGGACACAUUGGGGUUCGUUGCAGCCGAAAAUUAUAUCUAAAUUGAAGACCUUGCUAGAACUGUCUUCUUUACAAGAAGGCUGGUUUCCAUCAUCUGAAGACUCUUCUAGCGGCGAUAAGCUGGUACAAUUUUGCCAUGGUGCUCCAGGUCUCGUCAUUUCUCUCAGAUCCAUUCUGCCCUAUUUCGUACAGGACAAAGAUCUAACCGCCAAAGCCGAGUCCAUUAUUGUGACGACUCAAGACGAUAUUUAUCGUCGGGGCUUACUAACUAAAGCCGACUGUCUAUGUCAUGGGAUGUCAGGAAACCUUCUUGCCCUGGAAGAUCCACACCAAAGACAACACUACAUGCAAGCCAUCUGUCAAUAUGUUGACGAACAGUAUGAAGAGCCCCAAAGUCUAUACUGUGGUUUAGCAGGGAAGGCGUUAGUUAUAUGUACCGAGCUUCUCCAUAUGGAGCGGCUCAUGCCAGGAUACAACGACAUUUAA